AUGGCUUUAGAUUUUUCUGCUACAUAUAAAUUAUUAGUUUUAGGUGAUUCUAAUGUCGGAAAAACGUGUAUAGUGCACAGAUAUUGUGACGAAAGAUAUUAUGAUAUCUACAUAUCUACUAUCGGCAUUGAUUUCAAACAAAAGAUAAUCAACUUGGACGGUGUACCAAUCAAGCUACAAAUAUGGGACACCGCAGGUCAAGAGAGAUUCAGAACACUUACAACAGCGUACUACAGAGGUGCUAUGGGAAUUAUAUUAAUGUACGACAUCACUAACUUGGAAUCAUUCAAUCAUUUAUCCUACUGGCUGAGAAACAUCCAAGAGUACGCAUCACCAGAUGUUAUUAAAGUUUUAGUGGGCAAUAAAUGCGACGUGCACGAGAAUCACCGUGCCGUUCCUAGGGAAAGAGGACAAAAGAUCGCAGAUGAUUUUGAUAUGCCAUUUUUCGAAGUGUCCUGCAAAAGUAAUAUAAAUAUCGAAGAGGCGUUCGUAACAUUGGCCAGAAAGAUACGGGAAUACCGAGAGACUAAGGCGGAUGCGUUCGAGUUGAAGGAAAGAGACAACGUCAUCAAAGCUUCUGAAUCCGAAACAGACGUCUCCAAGUGUAGUUGUUAG